GCUUGUUGAGGUGGCGAUGACAACACUGAACACAGCACUCUACGCGGGCCGCCCGUGGCGUCGCAUGUGCGCCGUCCCGGCACCUAGAGUCGACCAGGCCCACAGCGACGUCGUCGUCUCAAGCUCCAUCGCGCUAUACGCCGCGCAUGUCGCGCCAGCGGAAACUGUCGAACGUGAGAACGUCGCGUAAAGACACGUUGGGGAAGUCCCACAUGACGUGGACAAAGACACGGCACACAACACGGCGAAAUCCCAACUUGGGCUGUUGUCGAGAUGUGGGGCGUGCCUUGGAACAAACUCGGGUAUACGACGUGGUCGCUGUUGACAGCGCUAACGUAUUUCAGUGCACGAGGCGCUGUACGGUGGUGGACGUGACUCGUCAUAUGACCGCACGGUACCCCCAUCUCCCGUUGGGACAAGACGCAUUGCCCCCCCAUGUCACGACCAGCUAGCACUGCUUGUCCUGAAGCGAUGGAAACCCCAUGGAACGAGACAAGAGCUUGGUUUUGCAUUCGUUUCGGCUUUGACGAGAGCGCCGAAUUCGUGGGACUAUGCCCAGGUCAAACCCUUCGACGACUAUACUUGGAUGAAACCCGUCGAUAUACACUUUCCAUUCUACCGUCGACCAGAUGCAGCUUCAAAGCCAAACCCCACGCCGGAGCACACUGCCGAGCAUGACGUGGAGCGGACGACGACAAGCACGGGGGCCACCAAGUUUCUCUCCGUCAUGUGGCACUGGAGAUGUUGUCUUCUUGAUGGAAGUUUCACCAUGUGGGCGAAUCUUUUGGCAACCGGAACAGAAUCCGGAUACGUGAAAUCCACGCAUGCAUUGCACCAAGGUGAACGGGAAGGCGCUCCUGCCGGCCCUGGCGGCGGUCACCGAGUCCGCGAACACUCUGCUUGGACCAUGUCGAAGCCGCAAGCAGAUUUCCCAAGGAGGCGAAAACGUCGACUGCGACACAGGUGCCGUGUUCACGGCCAACAUUGUCACAGUCCUCCGCAGCCUUCAUGUCGAGCACCCAAUCAUCGCCCUACUGCUCAAGACCGUGGAAUCACAUAUAAAUGAGUUCGGGACCGGAGCGACCACCCUCGUCACCCUCGUGCAUACAUUGACGGACGCUGCAAUGGACCUGCAGCACAUUUCCCCGUACCGCGUGACAAGAGGGUUCGGAAACGCGUUGGCGCGUUGCAUGACCACAUUGACCCGAAUGCGCAUGAACAUUCAAGAAUGGCUGCGAGAAACUAGCUGGCGACACGAUGGAGGACAGCGUCCUCUUUCAUAUUCGAUUCCACUCCUGGGCACUGCGCUGUCCUCGACACACCCCGACCGGGCAGCAGCCAUGGCAAAAGCUGUGGAGGUCGCGUUAAGUAUGGAUUCCUUUGAUCUGUCAUGGCCACACCAUGUGCACUUCCACGCUUUUGUGGGUCCUUCGAAUGCGGUACACCUUACGGGCCUCUUCCUCGACAUCUCGGACAACUUGGAUGGCUGGGUGACGCCACACGAUGGCGCUUCGGGCAACCUCUCCACCUUCUCCAGCCAUCACUUUGCUCUCAUGCAUGGAGACAUUGUAUUUAGCUCUGCCACGUGCCUUUGGCUCGAGUCAGCUCGCGUCGUCGUAGCCUCCGGUUCCAUUUGUGCCAAGACCGUGGACUGGUGCCGCCAUCGCCACGCUGGACAACAUGCCAUUGCGUGCAUCCCGCACCAGCGACUUGCCGACCUUCGCCAUGUCUCGUUGGCGUUCGGUGUUUCGAUUUGCGAAGACGUGUGCGAACGGGCUUUGGACGUCGCUGGCUGCGCCAUACACGCAUCGGUCUACACACUCCACAACCGCACGUUUCUGCGGCUAGAGCACGACAGCCAGUUCCGAACAACCCCUGUCACGGUGCUUGUGGGAGGCAUGACUGCGUCCGCCGCCGUCGAAACCCAAGCGCAGAUCGUCAACGCAUUGCAUCGACUCGCACAUGCGCUGGACGAUCAAGUUGUGCUUCCGGGGGGCGGCGCUGCCUUUGCAGCAUGUGCUGCAUCGUUGCGGCGCCAGCCACCGGCACCAGACGAUGUCGACGUGGAGUUGGCAACCCGGCGGUUUGGCGAGGCGCUCGAAGAUUGGUGUGUGGGACUUGUCUUGAACAGUACGAGUCUGACCGACGCCACGUUGGACGGGGGAUAUUUAGCGGCAAAAACCAAACUCCAUGAUGUCUUAGCCGCGUUCGACGAAGGCGAACAAGAUGACAAGUUUCUCGAAGCCACGUUCUACGGCGCAUCGCUAACUCCCGUCCCCGCGCCGCGCGGAACAUAUCAAUUCGAUGGGUACACCAGUACCAAAGCCGCACUGACGAGUGCCGUGCGAGUGGUGUCUCUGGCGCUUAACAUUGGCACGGUAAUCAUCAACCAGCCAUAGCAUCGUCGGCAUCUCCAGCAAAGUAAGCGUCAUGACACGCGCCGACGACACGGCAGAACACAACAAUCGUCCAGGGAAAUACGAUUGCCGGUGCAUGCAGGUUGUCGAUGCUAUCGUGGCAGCCCUACUUGUAGCGGCACUGUCAGGAUUCAAGUCGCUCCAUUCACCGGCGGCUAUCUCCAUGGAGGUAUAUCGUGACAGAGAACGAGGGGGCGUCGGUGUCGGGCUGUCGUCAUGCGGUCAAUGAGGCAUCACUAUUGUCACCGUGAGUGGCACCAGCGACAGCUCGCCCGUGCGGCAACGUGGUGUCGGUAAUACGUGCGCUUCGUGAUCGUUCGUGCUCGAGCUUCCUUCAAGACCUUGUACCUUUGACUAGAAGCAUUCCGAUGCCAAGUCGUCUCCAUCGACCACAGGGAAAACACAACCGCAUGCCACAGCAGCAGGGCGGAAUGUAAUUCUUGACUCUCUGGCUGGACAUAACAUGCUGGACGGGAUCGAUGGGCCACACCACUGGAACGAAAUGGAAAAGAAAUCGACAUCAUGUUUAGACGACACACCAACUACUUCGCCUCAUCACCCCCCGCACGACAACGUUUCCACCAUCCUGCGCUAUCUACUCUGACGCUAAACAUGCACACUUGGGAGUCCCUCCGAG